AUGUCGGUCUCGAAGGUUUACAUGGGUCACCACCACCCGUUUCGCCUAAUACCACCGACACCUAAGUCUUUUGCCGGUGAGGCUUAUGAUUCAAUUCACCAAUUGUGCAUCUUCCUCCUCAAUAGCUUCAAUCUUCCACCCGAUAAAGCCCUAGUUGUCCACAUCCUAUCGCAUGACUUCCCUUUCCAAUUCGUCGGCGUAGUAACCGUAACCCACCAUUCCGCCAUCUUCUCCCUCAUCUGGCCUGAUCUAGGUGGCGAAGAACUUCAGAAAGAGCUCACCACCCUCAACGUCUCCACUCUCUCGGAAAAAAUUGGCAUUUUCGUUGAACACCUGGCCUCUCUCCUAUCACUUGAUAUGGCAUCAGAGAAAAGGAUUGAUAGGCUGGCUGUAAAGGUUGGCGAGAAUUUGUUUAAUUUUAUUCAAUCUUUUUAUGGAGUUGAUGGAAGCAAAUUGACUGUACCAAUGGAUAUCUUGGAUCGGUGGUUUAAGAAGUUUCAAGAAUGGGCAAAACGAGAUCCUGAAUACUUGAAGGGAUUUGCAACGUAG